AUGGGUCCCGGGUUCUGUCCGGUAGCGCCGGCCCCGCCGCUGAGGGCGAGCGGAGAAGCGGGCAAAGCGCAGGCGCAGAGGAGGGAGGCCAAGCCCUGGAUUCGGACAGAAAACGGGGAGUUUGGGGUCAGAAAUGCCCAUUUUGGGCUCAAAAACACCCGUUUUGUGGCCCGAAAACGCCCCUUUUUUGGUCCGUACACCGCCUUAGACCCAGCACCGGAAGUGCGCCCCUACGGGCGCCGCCAUGCUGCCGUACAACCAAUCAGCGCUCAGCAUCCCCGGCUCUACCUCCCCGAAUGGGCGCCGCCAUCUUCCCCCGUACACGUGACCGCCCUCAACCAAUCAGAACCAACCAUGGCAACCGAGCCGGCCCCGCCCCCCCCGCGCCCCCCCCGCUGCCCCCCCCGCUAUUGGGAGGGCCAGGACGUCCUGGCCCGUUGGACCGACGGCCUCCUCUACCUGGGCACCAUCAAAAAGGUGGAUCCCAGUCGCCGUGGUUGCCUGGUCCAGUUUGAGGACAAUUCCCAGUUCCUGGUCCUAUGGAAGGACAUCAGCCCAGCCGCGGUGCCAGGGGAGGACCAAUCCUGCUGCGUCUGCUCCAGCCGGGCCCUGAGCGCCCACAACCUCCUGGUGCGGUGCUCCAAGUGCGGCCACGCCUACCACCAGCAGUGUCACCGCCCCCCCGCGCCGCUAGGGGCGCCCUGGAUGUGCCGCCAAUGCGUGUUCGCCGUCGCUACCAAGCGGGGGGGGGCCCUCAAGAAGGGCCCCCACGCCAAGGCCAUGCUGAGCAUGAAGGUGGUGCUGCCCUAUCAGCUGAAGGCUUUGGAAUGGGACCCCCCCCACUUAGCCAAUCGGCAGCAGUGUUAUUGCUACUGCGGGGGGCCUGGAGAGUGGAACCUGAAGAUGCUCCAGUGCCGAGGAUGCUCCCAGUGGUUCCAUGAGGCUUGUACCCAGUGCCUGAGCAAGCCCCUGCUCUAUGGGGACCGGUUCUAUGUCUUCGAGUGCUGCGUCUGCACCGGGGGGGCCGAGAGCAUCCGGAGGCUGCCCCUGCGCUGGGUGGAUGUGGCGCAUCUCCUCCUCUAUCACCUGAGCGUGUGCUGCAAGAAGAAGUACUUCGACCUGGAGCGGGAGAUCCUGCCCUUUGCCAAUGCCAAUUGGGAUGCGCUGCUGCUGGGACAGCUGGCGGAGACCCCCAAAGGGGAGCGCUAUGGGAUGCUGCUGGGGGCGCUCAGUGCGCAUAAGGACAGGUUCAUCUCAGGUCGUGAGAUCAAGAAGCGCAAAGGCCUCUUUGGGCUCCACAACCGGGACCCCCCCCCGGUGCCCCCCACUUCUAUGGGGGGGUCCCCCCCCUCGGAUCCCAUUCCCCCCUCCAUCACCAGCCCCCCCCCAGCACAGCAGAAAGGGGGGUCCCGACGGAGACCCCCCCCACGACGGACCCAGGGACCCCCCAGUGGCUCCUACAACUUCAGAAGGACGGAGGCGCGGUGCCCCCCCAGCGCCCCCAUCCGGAUGUUCGCGUCCUUCCACCCAUCGGCCAACACUGCCCCGAGCCUCAGCUCCAGCCAGGACCCGGAGAGCAGCGACAGCCCCGAGCCCCGCCCCGCGCGCCGCAAGCCCCGCCCCUCCUCCCUCAACCCCGCCUCUUCCCCAAGCCCCGCCCCUUCCCCAAGCCCCGCCCCCUCCGCCCCGGCCACGCGGGUCCUGGCGCGCCGCGUGACCCUCGACGGCACCGUCCAAUACCUGGUGGAGUGGGGGGGAGGGGGGAUGCUUUAAAGCCCCCCUCCCCCC